AUGGAUCAGAACGAGUUUGAAGCUGCAACAGAAUCAAAAUCUGCUGAGAGACAAUGUUGUUGGUGGAUUUACCAUAGUGCGAGACAAAUUGAGAUAUUCAACGCCGAAGGUUUGGUUAAACAAGUUCUUCCAUAUUGGAUAACGAAUCCCGUUAAAUGUUCCGAUACGCUUGAAAAAGGGGUUAAAAUUAAAGAACUUCAUAGAUUUGACCGUGUGCUACUCAAAAACCUUAAACGCAUGGGAAUAAAACGACUCUUUCCAAUUCAAGACUCUGUUAUACCUUACAUUUUGGACUUUUAUGAGGGUAAAGGUCCAAAUUACGUUGGUCAGCCUCGUGAUAUCUGUAUAUCUGCACCUACGGGUAGUGGCAAAACAUUAUCAUAUGCUCUUCCCAUUCUUCAGCUCUUGAGCACGUGCAAGACGAAACUCAUCAGAUGCGUUGUAAUUCUGCCCGUUCGAGAUUUAGCAAAACAAGUGGCUGAAACUUUCCGAUUUCUUGCAGAAAAUACUUCAUUGAGGAUUGCUCUUCUUGCUGGUGAAGAAAGCUUUACUUCAGAACAGGAGAAUAUAUUCAAGAGUCAAGGCGACCAUGUUCUCUUACCAGACAUAAUUGUGUGUACACCUGGCCGUCUUGUUGAUCAUAUUUACAACACUUCUAACUUCUGCCUGGAACAUGUUCGGUUUCUGGUUAUUGAUGAAGCCGAUCGCAUUAUUAAAGAAGAAAAACAGGAUUGGUUUAAU